UGUUAGGAGCUGAUUGUAGUUUAACUUGGUCGAAAAGAAUGAAGAUCGCUCUAGAUGUGGCAAAAGGGCUUGCUUUCCUUCAUGGUGCUGAAAGACCCGUCAUAUACCGUGACUUCAAGACAUCCAACAUCUUGCUCGAUGAGAACUUCAAUGCAAAGUUGUCAGACUUUGGACUCGCAAAGGAUGGAGCAAUGGGAGACCAAACCCAUGUUUCAACACGAGUGAUGGGGACACACGGUUACGCUGCUCCUGAAUAUAUUUUGACUGGCCAUUUAACAGCAAGGAGCGAUGUUUAUGGAUUUGGAGUAGUGUUACUGGAGAUGCUUAUUGGAAGAAGAGUAAAUGGACAAGGUGUUUGGCCAAAAACAGAACCUGGUCGAUUGGGCUCGACCACUAUUGAACCAUGACAAGAAGCUUAUAAAGAUAUUAGACCCUAAGAUGGAAGGUCAGUACUCGCCUAGAGCUGCAAUGAGGAUUGCCCAUCUG